GCUGCAUCUGCGUGUCCCUUGCUCAUAUCCUCGCUCCAAAGAUGGACCGUGCACUGCUGCUGCUGUCCAUGUGGGCUCUGACUGGAACCGUAUCCCUGCAGGAUUCAGGGUCAUGUCCGGAGAGGCUUGUGGGAGAGGAGGGAAGGAGGAUGUGUCCACGACCCUGCAAAGCUGACAGUGACUGUGGCAGCAAACGCCAGUGUCUGUGUGACGGCCAGUGUGGUCUCAGCUGUGUGGCUCCAGGUCGUACUUGUCCCUGGCCUCUACCCCACAGCGAAAACGCAGAAGCUCGCCUCCUCUCUCCCACUCACUCCUUUUCUGCCCUGCUUGAAGUGCGCUGCAAGCCAGGAUUCACAUUGCCCAGCGGCAUGGAUGCCACUAUUCGCCGUUGUCAGGGUGACCGACAGUGGAGUGGCGAUGAGCCCAUCUGCACAGAGUCACCUGAACUUGCUGCUGUCCAGACUUGCCCUCUGCCCGAGGAAGUGACCAACACCUUCAGCAUUCAGGGAGACGCUGCUGUAGGAACAUCCAUCCGCUACAGCUGCCUGUCUGGGGCGGAUAUAGUGGGGAGCAGGGAAAAUUUCUGCCAGGAGAAUCAGACCUGGCAGUAUCCUCACCCGAUCUGUAAAAAAGUGUACUGCCAGCCUCCUACAGAGGUGGAGCAGGGCUAUGUAGUGGCUGUCCAGAAGACUGAGUAUGAAGUGGGCUUUGACAUCCAUUACCUGUGCAAAAGGAACUUCCUCCUGGAUGGACCCCAGAUGAUCACCUGUCUGUCCAAUGGCAGCUGGAGUGCGCCGCCCCCGCACUGUAGAGCUCGUUGUCUCAUUCCUGCCGAGCGAAGCCGCGUGAUGAUUGGUGGUGUGAAACGCUGGCCGUUUGAUGUUACAGAUGCCAUGGUUCCCCACGGGGAAAACGUGACGUUCUUCUGCAAACAUCCUCGUAAGCAAUGCAGCUUCACCGCAACCCAGACCUGCUUUAAUGGAAAGCUGCAGACACCAGCCUGCUACCUUGAGCCAACGUGGCUGCAGUAUAAACUCUUUCCUCAUCGGCUGGUCUCGGAAAUUGAAGCAUGCGAGCCCGGCGACGUGGAGUAAUGACCUGCACGUCUGAUCUCGACCCACCCAGCGCUCAUGACAGACACUGUGCCACAAUUCGAGCACUUCCAAAACACACGCCCUCUGUACACCUCCUCCCUGACCGCUCUGCAGCUUCUCUGUAACCAUCAGAGCUACAGUUAGUUAGAUGCAGGGACUAUUUUUUUGAUUUCACAGCUUUUGUGGAUCAGCAGCCUAAGAUGUCUUUCUUUUGGCCUCACGGGGUUUCACCACUGCUCUCAACUUUCCUCUCUUUGCCCUGAAUACUAUUCAACUGCAGGCAUAACUGUGAAGUAAUUCAACCAAAUUGUGCCAUAGAUGCAAUCUAUAUGUAAUCAUGACUGUGUGUGUAUAAUACAGUAGUACCAGCUAUACCCGUGACGAUACCUUCAUGUAGCCUAAUUCAUAAUGACUCGACUCUGUGAUGUUUCACUGUGUGAUCUUUUUUCUUCUGUUGAGCCCGACGCAUCAAGUCUCAAAGCUUGUAAGUUUUUAACAUGAGAGAUUUGAAAUAAAAUAUUGUCAAAAUGCUUUGCUCUCCAGCUCUUUGAUGGCAAAUAAAACCCUCCUCUGUGAUUCCACUUUACCUCUCCUGCUUU